AUGUCACAUAAUUUUGAUGAUAGAAGUGUUAAUAAUCUAUUAAAAGAGAUAGAUGAUCUUAUUAAUAGAAUGGGAGAUUAGAAUGAAAGUCAUAAAAGUGAUAAUUCUUUUAAAGAUUAAUUAAUAUAAACAGGUCAAUUUGUACAUGAGAAUGAAUAGCCUUGUGAUGUUCCAAAAAAAUUCAGUAUGUCAAUUCCAAAGAAAAAAAAUAAUUCUUAAUAAAAGAAAGUGACGAUUGUUGCUGAUAAGAAAUCAUCAUCUUUCUCUUCUUCUUCUGAUGAAGAAUAAGACAAAGAGUUGUUUAAAAAAAAAAAUAAAUAAGAGAAAGAAAAGCAAUAAUAAUCUAAAUAGAGUCCAAAUAAAGCUAAACGGGUUGGAUCAUAAUGUUCAUAUAGAUCAAAAGUUAAAUCAAAUCUAAAAAGUGAAACUUAGUCAUAAUUGUCAUAUCUAAAAACUUAACAAUCAUAAUUACUAGUAUAACCUGUGAAAGAUGUAUUUUGUUUGAUUUGUGAAGAAUUUAUUCCUAUUGAUAUUGUUAAUUUACAUAUGGAAGACUGUUAAUCUAUUUCUUAGGAGUGUUGUGAAGAUUAAUUGUUAAAAUUAAAAUUGGAGAAUUAUAAAAAGCUUUUAAGUUUAAGAUAUGAAGCGAGUUAUGAUGAAAAUGUUAAAUGUCUAAUUGAAUUAUUGCAUAAUUGUACUUAACAAAUUUUGGAUGUAUCAGAUUAAUAUUAACUAUCUUAAAUUAUUGAAGAUUUAUAUGUUUUAAAAACUCAAUUAAAUUAAAAUAGUAAUUAUUAAUCAUAUACUAAGUCUAGCUAAAGCAUAUCAAGUGUUGACAGUAGCUUAAAAAAUUUAAGAAAUAGCUAAUAGAAAGAUGUAAGUCAUGAUUUAUUAAAAGGAAAAAUUUGUAGAGACUAAGGAACCAUCAACAAUUUCACAUUGGAAUAAAAUCAAUUUUAAGUAAUAAGAAUAAUUAAUAGAGUAAAAUAAUAUUAUUUAUUUUUAUAGUCGUUAAACAGUUAUAAGUUACGUUACUAAUACUACUACUAAAAAGAAAUUAUUUGAAUCACCAUCAUUUUAAAAUAUACCAAAGUAAUUGAUCAAAUUUUCCAAUUUAAAUUCUAAACCUGUCUCAGGAUAAUAAAUUUAAAAAAAUUCACCUUUGAAAUAAGAACAGAUUAAUUUAAAAAAUGGUAUUGAAUUUGGAAAUAAUUAUGAUUCUUCUAAGAAGAGAUCUUACAUUUAAUUAUCCAAUUCUAAAACUUAAUCCAAAAUUUACACAGAAUAAAAUCAUCAAGAAACAAUUAAAGAAUCUGAACCUACUGUUAUUUCUAAAUUAUAAUCGUAUAUUUCAAAUGUGAAAGGAAAGUUCUCAAAUGAUAAUGAAUAGAUAAAAAAAAAAUUCUUUCUUCAAGCUUGUAAAUGUAAAGACAAAUUUCCUGUAAAUCAUCCUGCAUAGAAUAUACUUAUAUCAGAAAUGUUUAACUAAAGUUAAAGAUAAUAGAUUCCAUAACAUGAAUGGGAAGUAUGGAUUAGCAAUGUUCUUCAAAAUGCUUGA